AUGUCGGCGCCCUCCACACCUCAGGAUCGUCAGCUUGCGGCUGCAGACUUUCGCCGAUAUGUACGGGAGAUAGCUUCGGAGAAUGACCUUGUUUCCAUUUCAAAGGAAGUCGACCCUCACCUGGAGCUGGCUGCCAUCGUCCGAAAAGUAUACGAGACCGAACAUAAAGCCCCACUGUUCGAGAACGUGAAAGGACGCCACGAGAAUGGUCUCUUCCGCGUGCUGGGCGCGCCGGUGGGAGCGAGCAGUCUGCCCGGAAAGCGUUUCAUUCGCACAGCGAAGUCUCUAGGGUUGCCUAGUAACGCAAGCGGAGGCGACAUCGUCUCCGCCAUAAACCGUUUCAAGCAAACUGGACCCAUUCCGCCUAAGGAAUUCGAGACGGGUCCCGUUAUGGACCGCAAGAUUUUCGGAGACGACAUCGACCUGGAAGCCCCCCCUGUUCCAAUAUUUCACGAACAAGAUGGUGGGAGGUACCUUCAGACCUUUGACAUGUACAUCGUGCAGAGCCCUGAUGGGACAUGGGUCAACUGGUCCAUCACUCGCGGUAUGGUCAAUGGCAAGCGGUCUUUGGUCGGCCCCACUAUGUCCGCCCAAGACAUCGGCGUCAUCCGAAGGAUGUGGCAGGACAACUUGAAAGGCGAGGACACGCCUUUUGCUCUUUGCUUUAGCGUCCCACCUGCAGCCAUCAUGGUACCUCGCGACUCAGAAAUGGUCAUCAAAGGCGUCAUCUCCAGCACAAAUACCGCCGAUGAGGGUCCGUUCGUCGAGUACCACGGGCACGUGUUUCCUGGCAAAGGCAAGCCAGCUCCUGUCUUCAACGUCAACGCCAUCACCUACCGAAAAGACCCCAUCCUGCCCAUCUGCGUCGCAAAAAGAGCAACCAAGGAGAGCGAGACAGUGUAG